UGAAGUAGAAUGCCCGACAUGUAAGAGGCCAAGUGAUGACAGUUUUAUGAUUUGCUGUGAUUCCUGUGAUUCUUGGUAUCAUGGCCAGUGUGUUGGUCAAUUCAAAAAUAGAAAAAAACAAAUGUGGAAUGGGCCUUGUUGCUGCAACCGUUGGAUGGGUCUAUGGGUCAAACAAAGUAAAAGAUCUGCACCUUCUCUAAAAGAUCCUCCAUCAGCGUGCUCUCCAUCUAUUAAAGAUGCUGUGGCUAAAUCAACCAGUCCGUUCAAGGUUUCAUCUCUAAAUGCUGAAAAAGGAGCAGUGACAAGAGCUCCUGCUACAUUUCAUUUGGAUCCUCCUCUACCAUUAAAUUUUACCCAACUAAAAUGUACAUCCAAUGAGUCUGCAAUAGAGGAUGAUUCUACACAUGAUAGUACUAAAAGAACACCGAUCAAAGAUAUUGACAGCUCUCCAUCUGCUAUCCCAAUCAGAAUGAGCCCAGCAGGAAUGGUGCCUAUUGAAGCAGAUACUGUGGUUAAAUCCACCACCAAGGUUUCAUAUCAAACUGUUGAAAAAGGAGUGACAAGAGCUCUUGCAAUUAACUCAGAUUCUCCACCAUCAAAUUUUAUCCAACUAAACUGUACAUCGAAUGAGUCUGCCUUGUCAGAGGAUACGCGAGACAGUAUUAAAAGAAUGCUUUUUGUUGAUAAAGUCCAUUCUCAACCUAAGUCAACAA